AUGUCUCUCGCAGACGAAGCCUUCCCCUCCUCCGCCGCCUUCGACGCCAUUGCAUCCGCCCUCUCCGCCGACGCAGCCGAGACCAAAAACGCUAUCAAGCAAGGCCAGGCCGUCUUCGCCUUCAAGCUAAAGAAUACCUCCGGCAAGGAGGAGGCGUGGCACAUUGACCUCAAGGAGACCGGCCAGGUCGCCAAAGGCGAGGCGCCAGCGGGCAAAAAGGCCGAUGUCGUGCUCUCUCUGAGCGACGAGAACUUCGGCAAGAUGGUGACGGGCAAGGCUAAGGCGCAGCAGCUGUUCAUGAGUGGGAAGCUGAAGGUUAAGGGCAAUGUGAUGAAGGCCACGAAGAUGGAACCUAUAUUGGCCAAGGCGAGCCCGAAGGCCAAGCUAUGA